GGCGGCUGUGCUUUCCGCAUACCUAUACUAUACUGUUGUACAUAGUAUAGCUGAUAUUCUGUAAUCUGUAAACCGUUACAAAUUAAAAACAUCGCCUCGUUUUCACAAAUUAUGAACCUUCCGUAUUAAGUAUCUUAUCUAAACGAGGAUGUGUUCGACAAGUGUCAAUGUCUAAGGCGCAUACUCGAUAGUUAUGCAGGUUGCGUUAUGGAACGUGAGCAAGUGUGCAUUCCACUUCUCGAGCGUGAUCAACACGACAGCGAGGUGCGUUUGCGUCCGUUUCCUCUCGACAUACAAGACGAGCCACCGCCAGUCGAUCAUGUCGACCGUCUCGACACCACCCAUUCUGCAUGCUUUCGAUGAAUUCCGCCAUUAUGAUACAGCCGACUAUAAUUUCCACGUCGGAGCUCCGCAUCCCGAUGAGCUGAUGCAGCUUAGUAGGGUUAUUCAGCAAACCGUGCAGGAUAUUCGAGCGGUGCCAUCGGAAGUCCAGAGUUCUUAUUUCCAGUAUGGAGCGACUAAAGGCUCGGAUUCUGUUUUGCAACAUUUGGCGGCGUUCCUAACGCAGGAAUACCGUGCACCUGUGAACUGGCAGAACCUGAUGAUGACAGCCGGCGCUUCACACGCCCUCGGACUGGUGUGUAAUGUGUUUUUCGGUGAUCAUGACGGUGUGGUGUUCCUGGAGGAUCCGACGUAUUUCCUGGCAGCGGAAAUAUUUCGUGGAUUUGGUUUGAAAGUUAUCCCAAUUCCGAAAUUGGACAACGAACAAUACGAUUUCCCUUUGUGGAAACGUCGCCUUGAUGAAGGCCUCCACGGGAUACGUGCGGAUGGUCAUUUUCGUGGGCUGAUCUACAUUAUUCCGCUUCACAGUAAUCCCCGUGGUCGCUGCCUUAGUCCUGAAGAGGCCGCUGCUUUAGCACGGUUUGCCGCUGAUGAGAAUUUGGUGAUCCAUUGUGAUGAUGUGUAUAAUUCACUGUCAUAUACCGGCAGUAUUCCGCCGCGCUUGUUUCCUGUCGGAAGUCAUCCCAACGUUAUCUCCGCUGGGACGUUUUCGAAAAUCCUCGGACCGGGACUGCGAGUAGGGUGGCUGGAAAGCACGAAGGAAAACAUCGACAGAAUUGCGCUGAAUGGAAUAAUCGAAAGCGGUGGUUGUGCAAAUCAGUUCGGUGCAUCUUUGAUUGACCGGAUGUUCCUUAACGGGCUAUUACAAACGUACGUCAAAAACACGCGAAAUUUAUACAAAGAAAAAAUGAGAUUAGCCGUUUCUAUCCUUUCGGAACACUUGCCUAACAACGUCAUAUGGCAUAAGCCGCAGGGUGGAUAUUUUAUUUGGCUUACAUUUCCUGAGGAUUACGAAGAGUUUCUUACGAAUGUGCUUGUUCCCGAAGCAAAACGGCGCAACGUACAUUUCCAGCUUGGAUCGAGGAGCUGCGCUAGUCGAUUUUGCAAUGGACUCCGUUCCACGGACGAUGCCUACACAUGUACCUCUGGCUGCCAGAAUUCCAUUCGGCUGUCAAUUGGACAUUUGGGACUGUCACAACUUCCGGAAGGACUUAAAAUUUUGUGUGAUAUCAUUAAGAAGAGAUGACGUCGUUUUAAAGUUUUUAUAUGCUCUUAUGGAUUAUAGAUGUGGAUGUGCGACUGAUAAUAUGUUGUCUCCUUCUGUAUCUGCUGUUAAGUACUCGCAUAAAGGCAAAAGUGUGUUUUCUACACGAGUGUUAUGAUUGUCAUCGAUAUCCCCAAAUAUCAGACCGAAGAGAUAUAUA